AUGUUGGAGAAAAAGCCUCUGGGAUACCGGUGGCGGUCAUCUAGAGCUCUUGUGGUUUCUUCGAUUACUGUCGCUUUAUUCGCAGAGACAUUUCUCUAUGGAUUUCUCACCCCAAUCCUGAGUUAUAUGCUCGAGGAACGACUGCACAUUGAUCCAGCAUUGACUCAGAGCUAUACAACUGCUCUGCUUACUUCACAUGGAUUUUUCGGUCUUAUUUCUGCGCCGAUAGUCGCCCAUCUCGCCGAAAAGACGCCGAGUCAAAAGACACCUCUUCUGAUCGCUCUGGCAGGAUGUUUCGUGGGUACCCUUAUGAUUGCACUCGCUACUUCAGUGUGGGUUCUCUUCGUUGGUCGCAUCUUGCAAAGUAUAGCCGGGGCCGGCACCUGGGUUGUUGGAUUCUCCCUUUUAGCUAAUAAUGUGGACAAGAAGCAUCUUGGAAAGUCGAUAGGACUUGCAAUGGCAUUUGUGACCGCAGGAAUGGUCGGAGGACCAACCGUGAGUGGUACACUGCUUCAAUUGUUUGGAUACUGGACGGCCUGGUCACUCCCGAUGGUUGUGCUCGCCUUGGAUAUUAUUGCGCGACUAGUCAUGAUCGAACCUCGCCCUGCUUCUUCACCCGAUGCUGCAAGCAAGUCUGCCGGUGCUCCAUUUACUCAGGAUGUUGAGUCAUCGGAGGAAACAAGGCCCUUGCUUUCUGAAACACCGGAUACUGUCAGACCAGCCAACUGUGAAGUGGAAAUCAAACAAGGAACAAAGCAGGACUAUUACAAGAUUAUGCUCACAGACGCACGAGUUCUGACUGCCUUGUUCAAUGUCGUCGUUGUCUCCUCCCUCAUCGCUGGAAUCAACAACACCCUUCCGGUCCACCUGAAAGAAACAUUCGGCUGGAAGAGCUUGCUUAUCAGUAUGAUGUUUUUCUGUCUGCAGGUUCCCAAUAUCGCUCUUAGCGGGCCAGCCGGAUGGCUCCGUGACAGAGGCGGUUUACGGGGUCCCACCACCCUGGGCUGGAGUAUUAUGGUCCCUCUAAUAUUGCUAUUGGGAGUGCCUGGAGAUCCUCAUUUCCCCUGGGCUAGCGGUAUCACAGCUGGCAAGUCUAUAUUUACUGGUUCAUUGAUUGCGCUGGGUACUGUUUUACCGCUUGUGCGCGGCGUCGGAGCUGUGCAAUUAGCAUAUGUGGUCAAGGAUAUGGAAGCUAAAGAUCCACAUAUGUUUGAGGCUAACAGGAGUAACCUGCGCGUCUUUUCCAUGACGGAAAUUGGAUAUAGUAUCGGAAUGAUGGUUGGGCCCCUGUUGAGUGGCUCACUGGUUGAGGGAGUUGGGUUCUUCUUCAUGACCGUUGUAUUCGCCGCCAUAUGCCUCGUUCAAGCUUGGGCUUCGUGGCGCUGGCUUGACGCUAAGUCUCCGACUCAGGCUGCCGAGGCUUCUGCCUAA